AACAGUGCCACCACUAUUUUUCAGUUCUGGUCACACUUUUGCUAAUAAAUAAAGAAAAGGCGGACGGUUUUGUUAAAAAAUUAACAAAAUUAGGUUACAAUUUAUAAGCCGGUCACUUUCUCCGCAAAACUUACGACACCACGCCACACGAUAAAAAAUGCCGCGAUACAGGGAAUGGGACCUGGCCUGCAAGGUGUAUGUAGGCAACCUAGGCUCCUCGGCCUCCAAACACGAAAUAGAGGGGGCUUUUGCAAAAUACGGUCCAUUGCGAAAUGUGUGGGUGGCUCGCAAUCCGCCCGGUUUUGCCUUUGUGGAGUUCGAGGACCGGCGGGAUGCAGAAGACGCAACGCGUGCCCUGGACGGAACACGCUGCUGCGGGACUAGGAUUCGCGUGGAGAUGUCAUCGGGACGAUCUCGCGAUCGCCGGCGCGGUGAAGGCGGUGGCGGCGGCGGCAGUAGUGGACGUUCUGGAUCUGGACGAUACAGGAUAACUCCUUCGGCUAGAACUACUUCCACUGCUACUUCUUCCUUCUACAACAUCAACAAUCUACAACAGCAACCAUCUUCACAGCCACAGCCAGCAACCUUCAACUUGCAACUCUAAAUUAUCCAUGUUCAGCGUCACAGCCUCACAGAAGUUUUGAUUAGCAACCCAAAUGAUUUCAUCCUAGAAGAAGCAUUGCAGUCGCCAAAAGAGUUCUACUUACGAAGUUAUCCUGCGUAUCCUUCAAAUAAUUGCUUACAAUUAUUUUCUUUAAUUUAGUUGCCAAUAUUAGGUCUUGUUUAGACGGUUUAA